AAGUAGUGAAGUUGGGGCGGAAGGACGCAUGAGAGACGGACCCUCCAUUACUCAACGUGUUUGUGACCAAAAGACAAAAAAAAAAGGGGGGAUAAAAAGCUUCAUUAAACAGCGCGGAUAAAGAGAGCAUAAGAUGUCCGACAACGAAGACAAUUUCGACGAUGCAGAUUUCGAGGAUGGGGAAGAGGAUGAAGGGAUGGAUGAUCUGGAGAAUGCUGAGGACGAGGACCGGGAGAAUGUGCAGAUCUUGCCAGCCGGUGAAGGACAGCUAGCCAAUCAGAAACGCAUCACCACCUCCUACAUGACUAAAUACGAGAGAGCCAGAGUCCUGGGGACCAGGGCCCUGCAGAUAGCGAUGUGCGCUCCAGUGAUGGUGGAGUUGGAAGGAGAGACUGAUCCCUUGCAGAUCGCUAUGAAGGAGCUCAAGUGCAGGAAGAUUCCCAUUAUUAUCCGACGCUAUCUUCCCGACGGAAGCUACGAGGACUGGGGCUGCGAUGAGCUCAUCAUCACAGACUGAACUCCCUCCAGGAACCAGCCCGGCUUUCUGGGAAAACCCAAUGGAGCGGCCUCAGGACUGCAGUUACUACCGACCGCCACACGGGGGUGCCACAGUGCAGGGAGAAGAAAUAAAAAUCAUUGAGGCUGAACUUGGGAGUUGGAAGAUUCCACGCACUGUGGUUAGAGAAUUAGAUUUUAGUCUUGCUUAUGUAUAUAUAUAUAUAUAUACAGGAUAACUUUUCAGUUUUGUUGAAAUAAGUAUUUUAGGGUUUUAGUUGUCUGUGUGAUAUUAUUAUAUAAAAAAAUAAAUAGAUUGUAUUUGAA